CGAGUCAUUUUGAUCAAUUGGUCAAUUAUGGUCAUGAAAGGUUCUACAGUCACUGCUUUUCCAGCGCUUACGGCUCUCUGCUGCAUUAUCCUUCGGUAUUGCGCAACUUGUUCUGUCGAGUAUGUUUAACACAGAGAACCUCAUCCUCCGCGGAUUCCAAGACAAUGAUCUAGAGGGAAUCCUUGCUCUGCGGAACGACCCCCUCGUCCAACGCACUCAGACAUUCUCAGCUAUCGCGCCUCCACCAUCCUCAAAGUACAAGGAGUAUAUGAAGACCUUUGCCGAGGGCUCAGCGCUCUGGUUUUCUUUGGUACACAAGGAGUCAGAGAAUUUUAUCGGUUUCUGUUGCAUCAAUUUAUUGGAGGCGAAGAACCGGGACGCACGCUUGGGUAUAACCAUCGCCUCUGGGUUCUGGGGGAAGGGAUAUGGAACGGAAGCCACGCGCUUCACUGUAAACUAUGCGUUCAAAUAUUUCGGAUUGCAACGUAUCUCUUUGGAUGUUACGGAAGGCAAUGCCAGAGCACGAGCGAUUUAUGCCAAAUUAGGUUUUAAGGUGGAGGGAAGGAAACGACGGGGGAAUUGGGUAGAUGGACAUUGGGAGGAUAUUGUCUAUAUGGGGGUUCUAGAUGAUGAAUGGGCGGAGCUGUAUCCUGACAAAUUUGCUCGCAUCUUGCGACAGAGUCGUUAAAUUCCGGUCAGACUCAAUAUUGGCUGUUCCCGACCAUGAGGAAACAGAGGAAUCG